AUGCAGUUAACGUCAGCGUCACAGGACCGCUCGCAGGCCCCGGCCCGGCGUGUGCUCCGCAGCCCUCGGGAGGAGCCAAAGCGCCUGACUUCGCUGACUGCUUUCACGUUAUGUUUUUGUUUCCGAAAGUCUGAAGAGAGCGCCGGUUCGUGUUGCGUGUGUCAGCAGCACUUCGUUUCAACUGGCAGCCGAAUUCCACGUUUAAUCGCUUUGGAUCAACCUGAGACCGUCCUGGUGGACUGCAGCCGGUCUGGUCACCCUCGGAUUAAUAAGACGUACACCUUUGAAAGAGUUUACGGUCCAGCAGAGGCUCAGACUGUGGUGUUUGAAGAUGUCUGUCCGCUUCUUACAUCCUUCUUAGACGGGUACCACGUCUGCAUCAUGGCCUACGGACAGACAGGCAGCGGGAAGAGCUUCACCAUGCUGGGGCCACACGCCCAGGACGCUCCUGCCUCCCGCGAUGAGCUGGGCAUCCUUCCCAGGGCCGCCCAUGAGCUCUUCAGGCUUAUUUCAGAAGAUCCGUCGAGGAGCCCCGGGGUCCAGGUCUCCGUAGUGGAAGUUUAUAACAACGGCAUCUUCGACCUGCUGGCCAGCGACGGCUGCGGCGUGACCUCCGGGGUGAGGCGUCGGGUGCUGACGACCCACGAGGGCCAGGAGGUCUCUGGGCUGACCCACGAGUCCGUCCACAGUGCCGAGGAGUUCAUGACCCUGGUGGGUGCCGGCCUGCAGCUCAGGGCGAGGCAGGCCACCGCCGUGCACAGCGACUCGUCCAGGUCUCACCUGGUGGUGACCGUGACCCUGACCAGAGCCGCCUCCCCCCACAGCACCGCAGACUCCAGGUCAAAUCAGCCACUGCCCCGGGGGCUCCAGCGCCUGGUUCCCCAGCAGCCCGCCCUGGAGAGAAGCCCAAGUGCGCCCCGCCGAGCCUCGUUCGUGUCCCCGAGGCCCCAAGCCCUCAGGCGGGCGUCGGAGCAGGUGCACGCCAAGCUGCAGCUCGUGGACCUGGCGGGCAGCGAGUGUGCUGGUGUGUCUGGAGCGACGGGUCUGGCCCUGAGGGAGACUUCGUCCAUCAACCGGAGCCUGGCGGCCCUGGCGGACGUGCUGGGCGCCCUGUCAGAGGGCAGAGGCCACGUGCCCUACCGGAACAGCAGGCUCACCCACCUGCUCCAGGACGCGCUGGGAGGCGACGCGAAGUUACAGGUGAUCGUGUGCGUGUCCCCCGGCCAGAAGCACGUGGCUGAGACGCUGCAGAGCCUGGGGUUUGGGGCCAGAGCGAGACAAGUGGAGCGAGGCCGUCCGGCCCCCAGGAAACGCAGGUGGAACCCAGUCACUGAGGCCCCAGGACCAGGGCCGAGGGAGGGCACACAGGUGGGAGGCAGCGCCCCGCCCCCGCCCCCCUCCCGGGCCAGAGGCGUCUCAGAAUCUGCUGGGAGAUUAACAUGUUGGUUCAGACCCGAGUGGACUCUUUCAACACUGAGAAAUGAGGGGUCAAUACCCAAAAAUAAAGCAAAAAGCUGAG